AUAUUGACAUUUGUUUGUAAAAGUAAAGAAAACUGUUUUAAAACAAGAAAACGUGUUUAAAAACGGUUUUAUAUUCGUUUUUAAAGAAGUAUAUUGAUUAUGUUUGAAAGUUUUAUGUUGUUUGCUUUAAACAGCGGUUAAUGAAAAUUUAACUCAAACAAUUGAUAAACGAUACAAUUGAUAAAGAAUAAAAUCACCACCAUCAUUGUGUGCACCAUGUAAAAAGAUGUAACAAACGAACAACGAAAGAAUUACUCUUGUUUAAAAAAUGUUCAAUACUUCAAAGAUUAAGCAAUAUGAAAAUAUUUCAAGCGCUAGUGAUUCACAAAUUGUGUCUUUUAUUCCAAUCAGUGUACAAAUUACUAUAAAUAUAUUCAUUUUAGUUUUUGCAUUUUUCGGAAAUAGUUUUGUUGUUUUAUUUGUUCUAAAAACCAAGAAAAAAGCGUUGUCGAAUAGGAUUAUAAUGAAUUUAGCAAUAUGCGAUCUCACAUUGGUUUUCUCAAGUAUCCCAUUGCAUAUAAUUGAACUAUAUUUAGGUUAUUUUCCAUUGGGUAAAAUUGGGUGUCAUACUAUACACCCUUUAUCUACGAUGGCGGUAAUAUCUGGUUCAUUGACAUUAGUGUUUUUAGCGAUUGAACGUUUUGUUGCAAUAUGCUUUCCGUUUAUGUAUUUUAGAAUAGCAAAUAGAAGCCAUUAUUUACUGUUUACUCAUUUAUCUGCGUUUUGUUGCGUCAUACCGUAUGGUGCAACUUUAAAAAGUUCAGUUGUUGAAGGAAAACCUCAAUGUUCUGAAUCAUGGUCCCGAACAAGUAGUUUAACUUAUACCGUUUUUCUUUUCGCUGUUCAAUACGGCGUACCUCUUCCAAUUAUAUGUUACUUGUACUUCAUUAUGUGGUUUAAAUUAAAAGCAACAAACGAUGAAAGUGUUCGUCGAAGUAGAAUUACAUCAAGUCAACAAAUUACAUACAACAAAAGAGAUAAUAAGAUAGACAAGAAAAAAGGUCAUAAAAAAAGUAUUAACAAAAGGAAUUCAAAUAAAAUAUAUCAAGACAUUUUAAAAAGCAGAAAAAAGCAAACUCUGAGCAUGUUUAGACUUUUUAUGACACUUGUUAUUGUUUUUGCAACAUUUAUGUUACCAAACCAAAUUACCUGGUUAUACAUGGCUUUUUCAAAAAAUCCGGUUCAUAAUAAAAUAUGGCAAAUUAUAGCGUAUUGGCUAACGUACACAAAUGCAGUUAUAAAUCCUUUAAUAUAUGGAACAAAUCAAAAGUACCAUCUAUUUUUAAAAAAGCUUAUAUUUCGUUAUAAAGAAAGUCAGAAAGCAAACGAAAAAACUCGUUCUCAAAUCACAAUUGUACAAAGUGGCGAGAUUAUCCUACAACGUAACAACGCACUUGAGUAGUAUGUAAAAAUUGACCUGCAAAAGUUGAUUUGCAUGUAGUUUUAUAGUUUAGUAAGUAAUACGUAAAAAAAAAACAAUGAAUAAAAAGGUAAAGCAAAUUUAACUCAUGUUUUCAGUAUACAAGAAAAAUAUUAUUUGAGGAACGUGUAAGCAAUGGUUUAAAACAAAAUUUUGAUUUUUAGUUAAAAUUUAAAUAAGAGCAAAUAUAAAUAUAAAAUUUUUCAA